ACACAGAACGAAAACUUGGCCACUCAUUCCCACAUUACUAAACUAUGUGAUGAGAAAACUAACUGGUGUGAAGAUGAAGAAAGUAAAAUUGAUAAUUUUGUUGACAAUAAUAUGGCUGGGCACUUGUACCUAAUGAGCAGACAAUUUGAUAAAGAGGUUUCGGAUGCCAGAUCUCACCUCAAAGAAAUAAAAAACAAACAUAGUUUUAAUGGGGUUGACUUUAAAGAAAACAAAGUUAUACUAAAAUGCCUGUUUGAGGAUUUGGAGGAGGUUUGUGAACAGCAGGAAGAAGUAAAUGGAAGUGACGAUGGAAAUGCCAACGAUGUUGUGACAUCAGCUACAAAAAUAAUCAAGACACGGAGGGAGCUCACUGCACUGUUGAAUCAGGCCAUACACAAAUUAAAUUACUCAGAAAAGACACAGAAGGAACUGAGCGAUGAGCUGAAACGAGUGAGGCAAGACCUAUAUCAUUUAGAAAAGACAAAGAAGACAUUUGAACAAGAAUUACUGAAAGCGAAGCAGGGCAUAGAGAAAUCUGAAAAGACAAAGAAGAAGUUUAAACAAGAAUUACUGAAAGCGAAGCAGGGCAUGAAGAAUUCUGAAAAGACGAGGAGCGAGCUAUGUGAUGAGCUAAUAGAAGUAAAACAUGACCUUGACGAUUUGAAAACGACACAGAAGGAACUGAAUGAUGAGCUGAAACGAGUGAGGCAAGACCUAUAUUAUUCAGAAAAGACAAAGAAGAAGUUUAAACAAGAAUUACUGAAAGCGAAGCAGGGCAUGAAUAAUUCUGAAAAGACGAGGAGCGAGCUAUGUGAUGAGCUAAUAGAGGUAAAACAUGACCUUGACGAUUUGAAAACGACACAGAAGGAACUGAGUGAUGAGCUGAAACGAGUGAGGCAAGACCUGUAUCAUUCAGAAAAGACAAAAAAGACGUUUGAACAAGAAUUACUGAAAGCGAAGCAGGGCAUGAAGAAUUCUGAAAAGGAAAGAGCAAUACUCCAGACAAAGUUUCCACUCAUCAAAGAACAAUUAAAAUGGACACAGCCCACUGUAACAGUUGUGGUCAAGUCCGGUCGUUAUAACAUUAUUUUGGAUUUUACGUUCCCGGAUGGUAUUCAGACGCUCCAUCAGUCCCCGGGAAAACCGAUAAAAGGCGGCACGUUCACAGGACGUUUAUAUCGCGACUCUGAAGGCCAGCUGCUAUGUAGGAUGUUAAAGGCGGCGUUAAAGAAAGGGGUGAUGUUCAACUCUGGGAAGAACGGGGAAGUAAUCCUGGAAGGCAUCUCGUUGUAUAAUGAUAAAGUGUUCACCAAAUGGAAAAAAACUUCGGCUUACGAUAAAUACAUACCGACACUAAGAGCGGAACUGGCUGUCAAAGGCAUCACAGCAGAGAACAUAGAUCAGGAAGAGGAGCUGGAAGAGACUUUUACUGUCUAUGGUUCGAAGUCGCGCUGAGUUCUGUAAUGAUAUGAUAGAGGUGUUGACAGACCAGGGAAUAACAGAGGCGCAUGUUGAACCUAAAGGAAUCUUGAAGGCUGACGUUUUGGUCGAUUGUCCGAAUAUAUUGUCGUAGGUCAACUGUGGUUGUUAUUAUCUCUUCCAAUGAACUCGUGUUAAAAAUUAUUUUGAAAAUUGUUUCUAUUAAUCUAAGGACAUAAUUGGAAACGUCAUUUACCUUGGUAACUAUCUCUACAAUUUAUGAUCAUAUUAUUUAUUGGUUAAUUGAAAGCCAUAUGUCGGAGUAGUUUGCUUUAGAAAAUACAUCAAACAUCAACUGUGCAUUCAGUGUUAAUAAUAUCAGCUAUUAAGAUUAAAGAUGUUGUACAAAAGGUGUAUACAAGUUAAGUACUGUUAAUGAUUACUUUAACCAAAAUGUGUAUUAUUUAGUCCAGUAAAACAGGAUAGUUGUUUUGAUUUGUUCGAAACUCUCUUAUGUUAAUAAAAGGUGUUGUGGA